CACAGUCCUCAUUGCAACAUAUUCAUGGGCCAAUAAAAUAAACCCUCGAUUGACGCCGAGUUUACCGAUACUCUUUCAUGCCAUAUUCAUCCGCAGGUCCAAGUCAAAUUCCAACAUGGCGGACAAAGCUGUUGCAGAGUUGAGGCUGAGUGAGGUGAAGCUUGGUCAGCUGCCUAAGUGGUUAUCAACCUGUUCCUUCACACCAGGAGGUCUCGUCAGAGCUUUUGGAAGAGGCCGCACGAGGUACUACAACAAAUACAUCAAUGUAGUACGAGGCAAUGUGGCUCCAGUUGGCCAGUUUAUAGCAACUUUUGUCAUUCUUAACUACAUGUGGCGCUUCAAGGUUGAAAAGCAACAUCGUCUCAAGAAGCAUCAUUGGUGAUGAAGACUGCGCCCUUAGACCUGACCUCUACAAUCUUCCCAAUUCCACCACCUAGCUCUAAAGAUAAUCUAUUCAAUUUCCAUCUUCAAUGGAUACAACCCAUCUGGACUUCAUCAACUUGGUCUAAUAGACGUUUAGACAAUUCACCAAUGAGAAGGAACUGACACUUUGAAUAUAGAAUGGAAAUGGUUGUUGUCUCGCAAGGCUUUCUCCUCUUGUUGAGAAUCAUUUUUGUGUCAGUGUGAAAGCCAUGAUGACAAUUAGUUUCCCCUUGAAACUUGAGCCCUCUUCUGCAUUCAGUCGGUUCCCUUUUUGGAGGAACCACUGAAAUCCCCAAACUUCAAUAGAAAUACAAUGUGGAAUGGAAUGAAUACUUGACCAAUGCCCAAUGACAGUCAUGCGUUGACUGUCCUGUAACACGCCAUGGAGAAGUUUGUAUUAUUUUGCUGUGUAACACAGAAAGAAAAAAAAUUAUAUGAGAAUUAAAAGAUUUGUUACCAUGUGAA